AGGAGAAAAUUUUAGCAUAAAUUUUAUAUAUCAAUAGUUAAAUCCUGCAUCUACAUAAAUUAAAUUAAAUUUGAAAGGUGUAACCUAUAAAGUGUUUUUAUAGGAAAUUUGUAUGGUAUCAUUAUUGACAAGAACUUUAUUUGUAGCUGUUAAACUUAUUAUAAAUAACCUUGAAUGGAUUCUGAUGUAAUUUUCAUAUUGUUUUUUUUUAUUUUGCUUUUUUUCCCCUUCUAUAGCUUUUAGUCGUUAUCUUGAUGUAUGGUUCUGAAGGAUACAGUUUUAAGUGGACAACAUGGCCGAAAUCAAAUAUAAAUCGUCAAAUAUUUUUGUUAAUCAGAACAAUAAUAAGGACCAAAUUACAGAAAAUGGUGUGGAGGAAACAAAAAAUUUACACAGUACGCAGUUUAAGCCACCUGAUGGAGGUUGGGGUUGGGUCGUUGUUUUUGCUUCAUUUAUGGUCAGCUUCGUUGCCGAUGGAAUAACCCAUUCAUUUGGUCUGCUGUUCGUGGAGUUUUUCGAUUUUUUCGGUGCUUCCAAAUCGACUACGGCAUGGGCUGGAUCCCUAUUCUUCAGUCUUCCUUUGUUAACAGGACCCAUAGCUAGUUAUUUUACCGAUAGAUGGGGAUGCAGAAUGGUUACCAUCAUAGGUUCACUGAUCACGACUUUCGCCUUCGCUGCUGGCUUCUUAGCGACCAGAUUGGAUCAUUUAAUUAUAGCAUUUAGUAUCUCGGCGUUGGGUCUAUCACUUUGUUACGUCGCUUCGAUAGUUAUUGUGGCUUAUUACUUCGACAGAAAGCGUUCGCUAGCUAAUGGAUUAGCAACAUGUGGUGCAGGAGUAGGAACGAUCGCCUUUCCUUACAUAACUAAUUAUCUAAUAAAAAUAUAUACUUGGAGAGGUACUCUUUUGUUAUUAGCUGGUGCGUUUUUAAACAUGACGGUAUUUGGAUGUCUAAUGCGCGAUUUAGAUUACCCUGAAGAUUUGUCGUCUUCGUCGUCAGAUAAUGAUGAACGCAAGAGCAAUCUUUCAGAUAGUCAAAUAGAAGAAUCCUUAAGUACAUCUCUAGUGCAACUUCCGACUUAUAUUAAAAAUAAAAAUCUAAAUCCUGAAGUAAUUGAAGAAUUAAGUAGUAAAGAAGGAGGCCAUUUAAAUAGUCUUCUGGAGCAACAUCCUGAUCUCCUCAGUUCCUAUUUGCAAAACAUGGAAGAUUCCUUACCCGUUCGAGAUAUAAAGAGCGGGGAUGGCGAAUGUCUAUCUGGCGUAAAAUUAAGACGUCGAGAAAAACAAUUAAGUGCUCAUCAAAAAGAGCAGCAAUGUCCACUUAUGCCAGGAUUUUAUAUCUGUCAACGUCAUCCCUCAUAUUUCCGUAAUAUUCGAAUUCAUCCCGGUAAUUUAAUGUAUCGUGGAGCCAUGUUGAAUAUACCACCUUAUUAUUUAAGAACUUCAAGUUGCCCUAAUAUCUAUAAAAAUUAUUUGUCAGGAAAAAUUAAAGGAGAGAAAUACCAGUUCCUAAGCGGACUUAAAGAACUUCUACUAGAUAUGGUUGAUAUAAGGAUAUUCAAAAACGUUCCUUACACUGUUUUUUGUCUUUCAAAUCUUCUCCUUUAUGCAUGCGCAGAUAUUCCCUAUGUAUAUAUCCCCGAUUAUGUCGAAGGUUUAGAUCCGAAUUUAAACUGGGUAUCAUCAUCCCUUAUUUCAAUUUUAGGUGUUUUUAAUACUGUUGGAAUGAUAAUAUUUGGAUAUGUAGGUGAUAAAUCUUUCGUAGAUCCGUCAUUGGUUUACGCAAUUACUAUGUGUGUAAGUGGAAUUGCCAUAGGCUGUCUACCAUUUUUGAAGAAUUACAUCGGCAUGGCAAUCGCAGUAUCUACUUAUGGAUUUACUGUAAGCACCAACUAUGCCUUAACCGCUUCUUUACUUGUAGAAUUAAUCUCUCUUGACAAUUUCACCAAUGCUUAUGGUUUGUUGUUAUCUGUGCAAGGUAUAGCAACCCUCGUUGGACCACCUUUUGGAGGUUGGUUAUAUGAUACAUACGGCUCAUACGACAUACCUUUCUGUACAGCAGGAAUCUGUACACUUCUGUCCGGCCUUGUUGUAUUACCUUUAUGUAAGAAGCUGAAGUGGAGAAAAAUAAACUCGACGAAACCACCCACAUCCGAAGAUGUAAUAGAAUCAUUUAUGUUUCUUUUUGAUUUCAGAAUCAAUAAAAUGGAACCAGAAGGCAAAAUCAUAUCUAAAAUUCCAAUAGAUAGUGGAUAUGGAUGGGUAAUUGUAUUGUCAUGUUUUGUAAUAAGUCUUCUAAUCGCUGGUAUAUAUUCCUCUUUUGGAAUACUUUAUGUUGAAUUUUUAAAAUAUUUUGGACAGGGUAAAGCGAUUACAUCCAUAAUUGGUUCCUUUUUCUUUAGUCUUCCGCUUUUAAAUGGUCCUCUUGCUAGAUUUUGCGAAAACAAAUGGGGAUGUCGACUCACUUGUAUUGUUGGAGCUAUUAUAUCAGGUUUUAGUUUCUCUGCUCUAUAUUUUGCUAGAUCCAUUACCGAUGUUAUCAUAUGUUUAACAUUAUGUGGUUUUGGACUGUCUCUCUGUUUGCUUUCUUCAGUUGUUAUUUUGAUAAUUUAUUUUGAUAAGAAAUUUUCUUUUGCAUCAGGACUUUCUGUAUGUGGUGAAGGAAUUGGAUCUUUUAUAUUUCCUCCUCUAACAAUAUAUUUGUUAGAUACUUUUGCUUGGCGAGGAACUGCUUUAAUCUUAGGAGGUAUCUUGCUUAAUUUGUCUGUUUGUGGUUGUUUAAUAAGAGAUGCUGGAUUUUAUAUUAAGAAAACAAAGAAAAAUCCUCCUGAAACAACCGAUGAUGCAAGGAUAAAUGUAAAGAGACCAUUAGUUAGAGGGUUUUCAAGCGAACCAAUCGUAAAUCCAUUUCAUUCUUCAAAAAAUGUUAUCACGAGUACUCAUUCACUGCAAAAAUCAAUGAAUUUAAUUGAAACAAAUAGUCUUUCAAAUAUACGUCUACGAGGAAGCCAUUACACUAUUAAUGUUUUAAAAUCACAUCUUGGUAGAGAAUCAAUCAUAAAAUCAUCUAACAACACGGCGAGAUGUAAGAAAAUCAAUAGAAUGCAGGAGAUCAAAAAAGCACUUCGUGAAUUGAAUAAAACAUUAUUUACACUUUUUAAAUAUAAAUCUUUCUCGAUAUUUUGCUUAUCGAACGUUUUGCUCUAUGCUUUUAUCGAAAUGCCUAAUAUUUAUUUACAUGAUUACGCAGUUGGAAAAGGCUUCGAUGAAAAAAAAUCAGCCUUCCUUUUAUCUGUUAUUGGCCUUCUAAAUACAGUUGGAACGAUUUCCUUGGGUUAUUUAGGCGAUUUUUCAUGGAUAAGCCCUACCAUACUAUAUAGCAUCUCCAUUUGCAUAAGCGGAAUUAUUGUUAUAUUAAUACCGCUAUUUGUUCAUUAUGGAAUCAUAGUUACAGUCAUCUCCAUUUAUAGCAUUGGUACCGGUGGCGUUUCUGCUCUGGAUGUCGUUGUUCUAUUAGAAAUCAUUCCCCAAGAUCAAUUUGCAAACGCUUUCGGCCUUCUACUUUUGAUCCAAGGAUUAGCCACGUUUAUUGGUUUGCCGCUAGCCGGUAUAUUAUACGAUUUGAUUUAUUCUUAUGAUAUUUCCUUUUAUAUUUCUGGCAUUAUCUUAUUCGUUUCUGGAGCAAUUAACUUAUUAAUCAUUAAAUUUAUGGACAGGAAAAGAUGAAAAUAUGAAAGAAACGAGGAAAGUCUUUAAAAUACUUUCAAUUCUUUAUAGAAUUUACUAUUAGAAUGAACAUUUUACAUUUUUAUUCGUAUAU